GAAAUUUUUGCUCUUUAAAUUGAGAUUUGCGAUGUUUUGUGAUGGUGUUUAAUCUGAUUGCGAUGAUAACAUUUGAAUGUACAAAUACAGAAAAAAUGAGAUGAGAAUCUUCUGCAGGCCAGGUAUUUUGUAUCUACCUAUAUAUAGAAUAUAUUAUUUCUUCAUCUCAAUUGAGUUCUUUAGAUUCAUAAAGGCCAAAUAGAUAGUUCCAGUCCUAGCAAAAUUUACAACUGCUUAGUACAAAUAAUGAACAUGACCAUAGCAUGUCAAAGUUGACCACGUCUGGCCGCAUCAAUUAUUCGUGGAGUCGUGUCCAUAUAGAAUCGAUAGCAAAAUGGGUCACUGUCAUAAACACAGCCGUUUCUUACGGACCAUUACACAGGUGUCCACAAAAGCAGAACGUAAUAUUAUACCACUUAGUACCACAACUGGUAUUACCAGAAUAAUACGAUAAAAAUACAAAAACUGAUUGAAAAGUUACUCAAAAUGAAAAAUCAGCAAGUAAGCGUGGAUUUUUGGGCGAUGGCCAAAUCAAUGAUGAUGUAUGGGUUUCUAACUCUAGCGGGAUGGAUGAUGUUGAGGCUCUUUAAUGCGGUGUUUUCGUUACCAAGGAGGUUGAGGACACAACAGCAGAACAUACAGGCUACCUUAGAAGAGUUUCAGAGACGUUAUCCCGAUCUGAAUGUAACGGAAGAAGAUAUAAAGAACGCUGAAAAAGAACUAGAAGAAUGGAGUAAAGAAAUAGACGAUAAAAUGAAAGAAGAUGGCAAUGAAAAUGCUGAAACAACGCCAGCUGUUGAGGAGGACAAGAAAUCCAUAUGAACAGUAAGAAAAUAGUUAGCUGCAAUUCGCAAGGUCGUUCGCAAUCAAUAGCGAUAUACCUGUACCGAGUACGUAGCAUUAGGUAUAAUAAUCACGUUUACCGUAACUAAUAUUUACACUGUGUUUAUUACAAAUAUAGAGAUUCACUAUUAAAUUCCGAUGUCGCAAUUUUCUUACGGAA